GUUUAUUAUGUUGUAUAAUCCUAGACGUGCCCAGUGUACAAACUGCAAUUCAGACACGUAAUCGCAAUGUUUAAUCGCAACGAUUAAUCACGAUUAAUUGAACACAAAAUCAAAGUUUGUGUUUGUAUAAUCUAUGUGUGUGUCUUAUGAGUGUUUAUAUCAAUGUACAUAAUAAUUACAUGCAGGACACACAUAAAUUAUGCAAACUUUUAUUUUGUGUGCAGUUAAUCGCGAUUAAUCGUUUGAGAGCAAUAGUACUCGCACAGUAUGAGUUCUAAUGUGUUGUUUCGCCCAUUUUGAUUUCCAGAAAUAAAUCUGCCCUGAUCACCGGCUGCUUUAAAACAAUCCAAUAGUGGAAAAAUGCAGAUACAGAUUAUAGGCCGAUAUAUCGGUGCAUCCCUAUUGGAUAUUAAUUUCAGAGGACCUCACCAAAUGGAUUUCAUGCACUUCACAUAACUUUCAUUGUUCAUUUAACGUUACAGUUAUCUUUCUCUUCAGCAUUUGACACACAGUCUAGUUGAGUUUAAUGUGGGCUUUUGCUGGAAGAAAACCUUUCCUCUCGUUUUUUUUUUAAUAUCAUUGCUCGCGCCUCAAUUCAGUGCAGUUCAACUCAAGCAAGCCCCUGUUUUAGUUGAGCUUAGAAGGCAGUUUUAGCUUUAACUAAACCAUUAAAAUGCCAGCAAAAGCCCUAAAACAGUUUGUUGUUUUGCAUAGUUGUGGUAAGUCAAACCAUCAGUGGAUAAAUGAACUGUCAUUUAAUGCUGACACCCAAAUCAUAAACUCUGUUUUGUCUAUCUUGAUGUCUCUGUGUGCUUUAUAGCGAAGCAGCCGACCUUCCAAGUCGCUUGUUCAUUAUACAACUUAUGAAACUUGAGAGCACAUCCCACUGGAGAACCGGCUGUGCUUGCUUACAUUUGGUUCAUGACUUAAAAAAUCAAGUUCAGGAGUGAUUCCUGACGAAUCAAAAGCUCUGUCGCUGCUCGCCCCGGCCAAUGCUGUCGCAGGACUACUGCCAGGUGGAGGGCUUCUCCCCACGCCCAACCCGGUCACAUCUAUUGGUGGAGUUUCUCUAGGUGGUCUUGGGGGACCUAAUUUGGAUCCAAUGGCAGCUCUGGCUAUGGCAGCACCCAAUAUAAACACACAGGCUCUGUCAGCUGAGCAGUUAAUGAAGCUCAUGGCAUCUAUGGACCCCAAGCUUAACCCUCUCGCUGGACUAAAUCUGACUUCUGGACUGAAAGCAGACGCCUCUAGUAAAGAGAUUGAAGAAGCCAUGAAGCGAGUGAGAGAGGCUCAGUCUCUGAUCUCUGCUGCCAUUGAGCCUGGAAGCAAGAAAGAUGAUAAAAGGAAGCGAACUAGAUCCAGGUCCAGAUCCAGGCGCAGGAGGUCCAGAUCUCGUUCGAGACACAGGCGAUCUAAGAGUCAUUCCAGGCGAAGAUCUCGCUCUAGGAGCAGGAGGAGGUCAAAGAGCCCCAGGAGGAGGAGGUCUCAUUCCAGGGAACGCAAUCGACGCUCCAGGUCCAGGGACCGCAGGAAGGACGAGAAAAACAGGAAACGUUCAAAAACUCCACCGAAAAGCUACAGCAGUGCCAGACGAUCUCGCAGUACCAGCCGUAAACGACACAGGAGAAGUCGUAGCAUUUCUCGUUCACCGAAGAAGUCCAGAUCUCCCAAGAGGAAACUUUCCCGCUCGCCGUCCCCUCGCAGACAUAAGAAAGAGAAAAAGAAGGAUAAAGAGCGAGAGAGGGACCGGGAUAGAGACAGGAAAGAUGAUCGGGACAGAAAUCGGGACAAACGAGAACGUUCCACCAGCAAGAAGAGCAAAGACAAAGAUAAGGAGAGAGAUCGGAAGUCCGACAGCGAGAAGGCCGAUGUGAAGGUGACCAGAGAUUAUGAUGAGGAAGAGCAGGGUUACGACAGCGAGAGAGAGGAAGAGCGAGAGAGGAACUCUGACGCCGCCUCAUCCCCGCACGUUAAAGAACCUCAGGCAGACAGCGCAGAUGACGCAGGCCGCGGCGAGUCGGACGCCAACAGCGAAGACCAGCGAGAUGAGGACAUGGAUAUGAGCGACUGAAACACCCUUCCCCAUUCAUCAGUGUUUCAGUGUAUUCUUCAAUCAUUUGGAUAGAGAGAAGCUGAUUCUAGAUCAUCAGUGUGAAUUUUUUUUUAACCCUUCAUUCUCAGAAUCUGCUGUAUUUACUGGUACAUGCCUGUCUUAAAUAUGUACUCCCAUGUUUUAGAGCCGUUUUCUUUCUUUAUGGCUAAUGUGGAAUGGUUAUACUGUGUAUAUUUAGCAUCAGCGGUCGAUUUCUCCCUGAACAAAACCACCGUUUGUAGGUCAGUUUGCCGUUUCUAUUUAAAGCAGUAACUCGAAUUAAAAGUGCUUGGAUAACAUUGUCAGGCAGUUUUUUAUGUCAUUGCAUUUGUUUUUUAUAUAUAGCCUGUGUUGGAUGGGAAACGUUUGUCUUUUUAAAGUAUUGAAGCAUUUGCUAAAAUAAAUGUGAACUGGUUUUCUUUGUCCGGGCAUAACAGUUGAAAAUAUUAGACAGUUCGGGUUUCUCUGCUACAUUGCGUUUCUGUAAUAAACACACGCCCAUCAUUAAA